AUGCUUUUGGAAAUUCCAAAUUUAGCAGCUCAUGAAACGGAUUUACGUUGGCGUCCUAUCAGCAAACCGUUUCAUCUUGCCUUACGUGUUCAUGAUCGUGCUGCAUUAGUUGGACCACCUGAAACACCAAGAGACCAUGUUCUAGCUGCCGCUAAAGCUAUGCGCUAUGGAAAUUGGAAAGCUUGUACUAAUUUUAUCAUUAAUCCCAAAAUGGACGCUAAAAUUUGGGAUUUAUUAUUUGAAUCGAAUAAAGUAAAACAGAAUUUAGAAAUUAAAAUUAAAGAAGAAUCAUUACGCAGUUUUUUAUUCACUUUUAGUGCAAUACAUGAUUCAAUGACAUUAGAUCGUUUAUCUAUGUGUUUUGAAUUACCGAAAUCUGUAAUUUAUUCAGUUAUUUGUCGAAUGAUCAUCAAUCAAGAAUUAGCUGCCUCUUUGGAAGUUCCUAGUGAUGCAUUAAUAAUGCAUAAGACAGAACGUUCACGUCUUCAGGCUCUUGCUUUACAACUAAGUGAUAAAGUCAAUAGUAUAGUUGAAAUGAAUGAUAAACUAAUUGAAUCACGUACUGGUGGUUUGUCCGGUUUGAAAGGUUCUCAGUCGUAUCAAGGAACACGUCGUGUGGGGACUCGUUACGCAUUGAAUAAAUUUAACUGA